AUGGAACCUUCCGAACUCACUGAUUUGAGCGAAGAAUAUGCAUAUUUAGACCGAGGUGGUUUUUCAUCGGAAAAGUUUAAAAUCGAACUGCGUGGUCUUCCUAAGUAUUAUGGAAUUGCAGAAUUGAAGAAAUUAAUGAAUCAAAAGCUUGGUCUAAAUACAAGUAAGAUAAAACGUCCAAAAAAUGGAAGUUUCUGGCUGUAUGCUUGCUUUCAAAAUGAAGAAGAUAGAGUCAAAGCAAUUGCUGCCCUCAAUGGAUUUUCUUGGAAAGGCAAAACUCUCAUAGCGGAAGCUGCAAAUCCCGCACCAGAUCCACUUGUCAGAAAAAGAAAACAGGAAGAAGAUGGAAGGGCUAGUGAUAAAAAGAUAAAAGAUGAUAAUAAGAGUCAGGAAGAAAGACUAAAAGAUGCUGCCACACCAUAUUGGAAUAUACCAUAUGAUGAACAGUUAAAACUUAAAGAGAAAGAAAUAAGGCACAUACUCAUGAAGUAUGAUAAUGAAGUGUGGAAAAUCAAUAAAGAAAGAAGAGAUGAGAUUGAGGCAAAGCAGAAGUUGCAUAAUGGGCUUAGUUUUGAACUUAAACCAAUUGAGCCCUCACCAAUAACUGAGGGAUAUAGAAACAAAUGUGAAUUCACCGUUGGCAUUGAUGAGGAAAGCAAGAAGCCCACUGUAGGCUUAAGGCUUGGGAGCUAUGCGACUGGGACAGUAGCUGUUGCUCCCAUAGAAUCAAUGAAACACAUAUCUGAGGAAAUGAAAAAAGCUGUUUUGGUAUUUCAAGAGUUUGUGCGAAAGUCAAACAUGGCACCUUUUUCACCAGCCGAUUACUCAGGUUACUGGCGGUAUUUGACAGUAAGGCAUUCCAAAUUCAAUGGUGAUAUCAUGUUGAUUAUUGCAUUGCACCCUCAGACUCUAACAGUUGAAGAUUUGAAGAAAUUAAAAACAGAUCUAGUGGAACAUUUUAGUUCGGAAGAAUCAGUUUCAUGUGGUAUUCGUUCUUUAUAUUAUUUAUUAAUUGCAAAGAGGAGGCCAGGCGAGGAUGCCUCUAAACCAGUACAUUUAAUGGGUUCGACCCACAUCAUUGACGUCAUACUUGGAAGGCAAUUUAGGAUAUCGCCCGAAGCCUUCUUUCAGGUGAACACGGCGGGUGCUGAAAUAAUGUAUCAGAAGGCGAUCGAGCUGAGCCAGGCCUCCAGCGAGUCCACCUUGUUGGACAUUUGCUGCGGUACAGGCACCAUAGGCCUCUGCUUCGCUAAGCACUGCGGCAGGGUGCUGGGGCUGGAGCUGGUGGCCGAGGCGGUGAGGGACGCGAGGUCGAACGCGGAACUGAACGGCAUCGAGAACUGCGAGUUCUACGCCGGCAAGGCCGAGGAGAUUCUGCCCUCGGUGCUGGCCAGGGCGGGCGGCGAUCAGCUGGUGGCGGUCGUCGACCCCCCGCGCGCCGGGCUGCACAUGCGGGCCAUUACGCAGCUGCGCAACACGCAGAAGGUGAGGCGGCUGGUGUACAUGUCGUGCAGCCCGGCGUCGGCCGUGAAGAACUUCGUGGACCUCUCCAGGGCCUCGUCGAAGACCCUGCGCGGCGCCCCCUUCACCCCGGUCUGCGCCAUUCCCGUCGACAUGUUCCCCCACACCAAGCACCUCGAGCUGGUCAUCCUCUUCGAGAGGGAGAACGAGAACCAUACCAGCAAAGAAGAGCCCGAAGUUGUGAAAGUUGAAGAUAGUGUUGCUGUUAAGGCAGAAAUUGAGUGCGAUCAGAAA